AUAGCGUGGCCAGAUUACUUCAACUCAGUUACAUCGUUGCUUUGAGAUUUGACAACUGCGCUAUUUCUCUCUCUCUCGAUCUCCUGAGGUUCAACCUACAGAAAUUAUGGUUUCGGUUUUGGAUGGUCGGUCAGUUUCCAGCAACAAGAAGAAUAGACGGUUUUCGCGGAUAGUCCGUACUUAUUAUGGAAUUAUCAGGCGAGCCCGUCAACGCCAAAAGUUGCGGAAUGACAAGGAGACUUACGGGGAGCUCGAAAAUAUCGAAGUGAUAGAAGAGAAGCCAAGAGAGACACAAGUAGAAUCGGUUGUCUCUAUCGAAGACAAGAACGAGCAAAAACUUCGAGAAAUAUGGGUGAUCUCUCUAAAUGACAAGAUGAAAACACUUGGAGACAACGCUACAACUAGUUGGGACAAUCUCUGUAUCUACAGAGUUCCACCUUACCUACAAGAAAACGAUACAAAGUCUUACAUGCCUCAAAUCGUCUCUAUUGGUCCGUACCACCAUGGACACAAACAUCUCAUGCCCAUGGAGCGUCACAAGUGGCGUGCGGUCAAUAUGGUCAUGGCACGCGCCAAACACGACAUCGAAAUGUAUAUUGACGCCAUGAAAGAGCUCGAGGAGAAAGCUCGUGCUUGCUACCAAGGUCCCAUUAAUAUGAAUAGGAAUGAGUUCAUAGAAAUGCUUGUUCUUGAUGGCGUUUUUAUUAUCGAGAUCUUCAAGGGAACAAGUGAAGGAUUCCAGGAAAUCGGAUAUGCACCCAAUGACCCGGUUUUCGGGAUGCGAGGAUUGAUGCAAUCGAUUCGACGUGACAUGGUAAUGCUAGAAAAUCAGCUUCCUUGGUCUGUUCUAAAGGGGUUAUUACAGCUACAACGGCCCGAUGUAUUGGACAAAGUAAAUGUUCAACUCUUCCAACCAUUCUUCCAACCACUACUGCCAACGAGGGAGGUGCUAACUGAAGAAGGCGGGUUGCACUGUUUAGACGUACUCCGUCGAGGUCUCCUCCAAUCUAGUGGGACAUCGGAUGAGGAUAUGAGCAUGGUGAACAAGCAACCUCAACAACUGAUACAUUGCGUGACUGAACUAAGAAACGCAGGUGUUGAGUUCAUGAGAAAGGAAACCGGCCAUUUUUGGGAUAUCGAAUUCAAAAAUGGAUAUCUAAAGAUACCAAAACUACUAAUCCAUGACGGUACCAAGUCUCUCUUCUUAAAUCUCAUAGCUUUCGAACAGUGUCAUAUCAAGUCGAGCAAGAAAAUUACAUCCUACAUAAUCUUUAUGGAUAACCUAAUAAACUCUUCUGAAGAUGUUAGCUACUUGCACCACUAUGGUAUCAUUGAGAAUUGGCUAGGGAGUGAUUCUGAAGUUUCAGAUUUGUUCAACGGGCUAGGUAAAGAAGUGAUUUUUGACCCAAACGAUGGUUAUCUUUCUGCAUUGACCGGCGAAGUUAACAUUUACUAUAGGCGUAAGUGGAAUUAUUUGAAGGCUACUUUAAGACACAAGUACUUCAAUAACCCUUGGGCAUACUUCUCUUUUAUUGCUGCAGUUACUCUGCUAAUUUUUACAUUUUGUCAGAGUUUUUUUGCUGUUUUUGCUUAUUUUAAGCCACCACCUAAGACAUAGGAGCGUAAUUCUCACGUUUUCUCAGACAUUCCAAGUUGGUAUAUUUUGUUUGAAUCUCUCCAAAGUGCAGCAUAAGAGCUUUUGAAAUAGCUAGAAGUGUUGUUAUUGCAUGCGGAACAUGGGGUCCUUCAGUAUAUAUGUCACCCGAGGUAACCCUCGCUAGCUAAGGGAUCUCUUCGACAAAUAAAAAAUUGAUGAUUGACGUGUAAUGACUUUUUCGUUUUGAUCUGUUUUGACCAUGGCUUUGUUAUGCCUCUGGGUCUGUUUUCUGGUUUGUCUUUUUAAACGUUUGGUUUCUUUGAAUUUUCUGUGACCAAAUAAUUGCUACAUUAUUAACAUUUAUUGUUAUUUUAUUACUUUAUAAUGUUUGUUUGAUUAAAAAAAAACAUUUGAAAGU